CCUGCAGCGCCCCGGGAUGCCUAGUACGUGCUGGUUCUUCUAAGCAAUGGAGAAAAAAAGCAGCCGCUCUUAUUUCCCUUUUCAAACAUUUAAGAUGGGCAUUCCUCGUGAUUUGAUGGGGAAACUUUUGUUUCUUGGGUUCAUGCAAUUAUCACACGUAGUUGGCACUUAAACAUUUGUUGCCCUUCUGUGCUAACGUGUUACACUGUAUCAGUUGUGGGAUUUUUACAACUCCGCUUGGGGCCCUUAGAAAGGGCAUGAUUCUAGGAUGAGGUAAUUUGGGGGUAAGCUCAUCUCUGGAGGUACGACUUUGCCCACACUCCUUUUCUCCCUCGUUGCUCCAGAUUCUCCAUUUUCGGUGCUUGCACCUUUUUUCCUCUCAGAUUUUUUUUUUUUUUUGUAUGAAUGGAUGAAUUGUAUAACGUUGAUUGGUGUGUUCUUUUCAGUAGAGCAACUUGUUUACGUUUAGGAAUUAAUAAACUGCCCCGACAGUCGUGUCCGGCAACCGGUCAUAGUUAAUAAAUAGUUAGUUAAACGCUGUUCAUUCGUCGGAGGAGUGACGCAAGAUGUUCCGGGGGACUGUAGCCAGCUUACUCACUGCCACCACUCCCCUGCCUCCCACUUGCUGCUUCCAAACCAGGCUCCUGCUCCCUGCCGUCACUCCCACUGUUGCUGCCUGGUGUAGCAGCUGCCCUGAUUGGCACACCCCCGCUGCCAUCACCACUGAGGCAUAUUCCUAAAGCUUCCAGUGUGAAUUGUUUGAAGGAACACCACUAUCAAAAUCCAGAUACCGGAGACAAAACAAUGUUUCAGUUCUUGAAAAUCUAUCAACAAUCAACAGAUUUACUACUUAAUACCUUUUCCAUGGAGUGGUUGGAAGAACAAUGCAUGUGAGUCUUUGACACCAUGAUAUCCAUCAGGCAAAGAAAAGGAAUACAAACCACAGAAGUUUCAGAGGAUUACGUGACACAAGAAGAAAAUGUGAAGUUGGAAAAUAAAUUGCCAUCUAGUUGUACCAAUAGAAGAUUAUGGACGAUUCUUUCAUUUGCAAUUGGUGGAACUGUUGCCCUUUGCACUGGACUUCUUACAUCUGUCUACCUGGCCACUUUACAUGAGAAUGAUUUGUGGUUUUCUAAUAUUAAGAAAUAUAUAGAGCCAGUUUAUUUUUAUAUUUACACCUUAUUUGGGCUCCAAGCAAUUUAUGUCACAGCUCUUUACAUAACCAGCUGGCUCCUGAGUGGUACGUGGCUAUCAGGACUCUUAGCAGCUUUCUGGUAUGUCACAAAUAGAAUAGAUACCACAAGGGUUGAGUUUACCAUCCCACUGAGAGAGAAUUGGGCGCUGCCAUUCUUUGCAAUUCAGAUAGCAGCAAUUACAUAUUUCCUGAGACCAAACUUACAGCCCCUUUCUCAAAGGCUGACACUUCUUGCCAUUUUCAUAUCAACUUUUCUCUUUAGUCUAACAUGGCAAUUUAAUCAAUUUAUGAUGCUGAUGCAAGCAUUAGUGCUGUUCAUACUGGACUCCUUGGACAUGCUGCCAGCAGUGAAGGUGACAUGGCUGUAUGGUAUACAGCUAACAGGUUUACUCCUUGUCUGCAUUCUUCAGUUUUUUAAUUCCAUGAUUCUUGGAUCAUUGCUUAUCAGUUUUAACCUUUCGGUGUUAAUUGCAAGAAAACUUCAGAAAAACCUGAAAACUGGAAGCUUCCUUAAUAGGCUUGGGAAACUAUUGUUACAUUUAUUUGUGGUUUUAUGUUUGACACUUUUUCUCAACAACAUUAUUAAGAAAAUUCUUAACCUCAAGUCAGACGAACACAUAUUUAAAUUUCUGAAGGCAAAAUUUGGAUUUGGAGCAACAAGAGAUUUUGAUGCAAACCUGUAUCUGUGUGAAGAAGCAUUUGGCCUUCUGCCUUUUAAUACAUUUGAAAGGCUUUCAGAUACUCUGCUUUUUUAUGCCUAUAUAUUUGUUCUGUCCAUCACAGUGACUGCAGCAUUAGCUGUUGCCUUCCGUAAUCUCAGUGAUUCUACAAAUCAGCAAUCCAUGUAUAAAAUGGGAGAGUACACAAUCGCCCUGAAACCAGAAACUGCCUACAAUUUAAUACAUACGAUUCUGUUUGGAUUCUUGGCAUUGAGUACAAUGAGAAUGAAGUACCUCUGGACAUCACAUAUGUGUGUGUUUGCAUCAUUUGGCUUAUGCAGCCCUGAAAUAUGGGAGUUACUUCUGAAGUUGAUCCAUCUUUAUAACCCAAAGAGGAUAUGUAUAUUGCGAUAUUCAAUACCGAUAUUAAUACUGCUGUAUCUGUGCUAUAAGUUCUGGCCAGGAAUGAUGGAUGAACUCUCCGAGUUGAGAGAAUUCUAUGAUCCAGAUACAGUGGAGCUGAUGAACUGGAUUAACUCUAACACUCCAAGGAAGGCUGUGUUUGCUGGAAGUAUGCAGUUACUGGCGGGCGUCAAGCUGUGCACGGGAAGGACCUUAACCAACCACCCGCACUACGAGGACAACAGCCUGAGAGAGCGAACCAAAGCGGUCUAUCAGAUAUAUGCAAAGAGGGCCCCAGAGGAAGUGCACGCCCUGCUAAGGUCCUUUGGCACCGACUACGUGAUCCUGGAAGACAGCAUCUGCUAUGAGCGCAGGCACCGCCGGGGCUGCCGGCUACGGGACCUGCUGGACAUCGCCAACGGACACAUGAUGGAUGGCCCAGGAGAGAAUGAUCCAGAUUUGAAACUUGCAGGCCACCCUCGCUUUUGUGAAGAGAUAAAAAGAAACCUGCCCCCAUACACAGCAUACUUCACUAGAGUGUUUCAGAACAAAACAUUCCACGUUUACAAGCUAUCCAGAAACAAGUAA